UUCAGCUAGCUGUGACUAAUUGCAUUGAGGAAUAACUGUGUUCAAAUUCUCAAUGUAAAACUUGGAUUUACAGAUUUCCUUAAAAUCAAGUAAACAUUUUUUCACAUGUAUGGUGGAAAUGCUGCAAAAAAACAGAAUGAGUCCUGAAGUACUCACCAAUCAAAACGCCAGUGAAAGUGAAAUCGGAGGUUAUAGCAUGGGCCAAGGAUCUCCCUUGCGUGGGGAAACUGCCAGCCCCAAAAGUUAUUCUCAACAGAGCCCAUCUUUGCCAGCUUCUGGAUUAACAGAAUUUAAUGCUGUGAGUCCUAAGAGCUGUCAUAUUCCCCCAGUAAAAACCCUGGAGAUGUCGGCUCUCACUGACUCUACGCUUAGCACUUUCCCCCCUCAGAAGCAGUAUGUUGGCGUGCGGGUGAAAAUGCCAGUGCGGGAGCUGCUGAGAAAAGUCCGGCUUUCCAAAGGGAUGGACCCCACGGACAUAAAGGAAGUACAACCAAUAAAGGGAACUACAACUAAAGGAUCUUCUGGAACAGCAGCAAGAAGAAAAGCUCGCCCUUAUACAGAAAAACAGUUCAGACAGAAAAACCAAAGUUCUGAGCAGGCACUAAAAUGCUUGGAGGACCUUGAUAUCCUGGUUGAGGUAUUGGAGGAAGACCUGAACAAGAGCCACUCUAAGCUAGAGUCUCUGAGCCCUCUGCCAGCUUGCUGCUGGCACGGCUUUUCCCCUGAUAUUCAGGCCUCUUGGUGGGAAGCUGAUGGCAGCAACCAACCAGCUGGCAGCCCACUGGAAAGGAGCCAGAACCUGACCAAAUUACAGCUGCGUUGCCCAUUUGCUGAUUGCAAACCACUACUGUGUGGACAGGAGGAGAAUUCUUAUUUAUCUGAUUAUAAAAAAAUGCAACACCCGGACUCCCUGGAAAUAUCAUUUCCAAGUAAAAGCGAGGAACAGAACAGCUGGCAGAUGCAGGAUGCUUUUAUCAAUCCCCAGAGGCAUUUCCCAAGGCCUUCUGCACAGGACAAACCUUUCUGCUAUAAUCCACCAGGACACCAUCCAAAGGAGCUCUUGGAAGUUGAUGCAACCUCUCGGGACUAUGUGGGACAUUUGAAGUCAAUCUCUGUUUCUUUCGAACAGGAGGACCUUUCUGCCCUAUCUUUCUUCCAGUUCCAAUUAUACUGGGAGGAGAGUCUGUUGAGAAAUAUCCCAGUAGACAAGUUGCUUGCACCUGAUGAAAACGGGAACAGGCUCCUGCACAAGGCUGUCACUCAAGGAAGGAGAGCACUGGCUUAUGCACUUGCACAGAGAUUUGCAUCUCUAAACAAAAUUGAUGAGAAGGAUGCAGCAAAACGGACAGCAUUACAUCUAGCUGCUGAAAAGAACCAGCACCUGAUGGUCAAUGAUUUGAUUUCUCUGGGAGCCAAUGUCAAUGAACAGGACAGUUUAGGGAAAACACCACUCCAUCUGUGUGCAGAGAAUGGGUACUUAAGAGUUUUGGAUGUUCUGAAAAAAUGUAAAGAAGGUGGCAUACAUGUGGAAGUGAAUCUAACUGACCAUUAUGGUUUAACACCAUUACACUGUGCAGUUCUUGCUCACACCGCAUUAUUGAGGGAGUCUCAAAAAGUCACCUACCACAGUGACAUGCAAAAGUUUCUGCAACUGCACAAAGAUAAAAUUCUUGAGGGGAUUAAUUGUUUAUUACAAAUGGGAGCAAACCCUGGGCUGCAGAAACCAAAAUCGUGUCAAGCUGCCACUCACUUUCUAAGAAUCCAGGAAAAUAAGGAGAUGAUGUGUUUCUUCCAAUCUCAUGGCCCCAAAAGGGAGGACUUUCUCCAGGAGGACUGUGGCUUGCCAAACAUACUGAGUGGAGGGGCCCUUUCAUAUUUACAAGAAAUGUCUGAGCUUCUUUCCUCUUCAUCUUCAAAUGUCUCUGGCCAUGUUUUUAAAGGAAUGUGCCAGUAGGUUCAUUAUUCCUAUUUCAUGCUCCACAGCUGUUGCUGAGGAACAGCCAGAAAACAGACAGUAAAAGUCUUCUGAAUGUUAAAACUUGAGCUGCUGAUGAAGAC